UGCCAGCUCCGUCAGGGCUGCUGAUUCAGGCUCUGAGCCGACCUCUCCACCUGCUGGCAGCUGCUGAGACUGAGACGGGCCAGCCCAGCCCACGCGCCGGCCUCCCGCCCUCACUUCACUUGAUAACAAACCAGGAACUGAAACGGAGCAGGAAUGCCGGCUGGCAGCGGAGAUGACUCACUGCUGAGAGUGACUGGCGGGGCUGAGCGGGGCAGCAGAGAGGCAGACGGAAGCGGAGGGCACAGAGGCCGGCAGCACCUGGGCGUCCCUGCGGAGCAUGGCAGGCAACCGUGCCGUGGCCAUUGACUGUGAGAUGGUGGGGCUGGGCCCCCACCGGGAGAGCGGCCUGGCUCGGUGCAGCAUCGUGAACUUCCACGGCGAGGUGCUCUACGACAAGUUCAUCCGGCCCGAGGGGGACAUCACGGAUUACAGAACCCGGGUCAGCGGGGUCACCCCUCUGCACAUGGUGGGGGCCACACCGUUCGCUGUGGCCAGGCAAGAGAUCCUGCAGCUCCUGAAAGGCAAGCUGGUGGUGGGUCACGACCUGAAGCACGACUUCCGGGCGCUGAAAGAGGACAUGAGUGGCUACGCCAUCUACGACACGUCCGAGGACAGGCUGCUGUGGCACGAGGCCAAGCUGGGCUACUGCAGGCGCGUCUCCCUGCGCGUGCUGAGCGAGCGCCUCCUGCACAGGAACAUCCAGAACAGCCAUCUCGGACACAGCUCCGUGGAGGACGCCAGGGCGACCAUGGAGCUGUACCGCCUCUCCCUGCGGAUCCGGGCCCGCUGACGCCGCCGGGGGCACCAGACGGAAGCGCCAUCCGGCCCCUUCCCCAGGGACUCGGGUUUCACCUCUGCAGGACAGCAGCCCCUUUGUUUUGGAAAAUGUAUCUUUCAUAGUAAAAUGGCUCUAUAUUUUCUCUACUCCA